UACACGCGCCAGGCAGUUACAACUGCUCUCUGCAAAAAUCACACUACAAAUACAUAUUCACUCCAAAGCUUCUACUCUGCAAAUAUCAUUUUCAACUUUUUCUCUUUAGGCGCCAAACUCCCCUCUUCUCUCUCUCAAUCUCCCCAUAAAGCUAAGCAAGCACAAUUGCAGAGAAAUGGAUGAAGAUGAUGAUUUCGGUUAUGAAAUCGGCCAGGAUGAUUUACGAGAGAAGUCGAAACAGUAUCGGAAUUAUGAUGAUUUCUUCUAUGAAAUCGGCUAUGAUUUUUCUUCAAAGAGUUCUAAACAGUAUUAUCGAAAUGAUGAUGAUGAAUCGGAGGAGGAGUGUAAAAUCCUUCGAGAUGUGUUGAAUAAGUUGGAUUGUAAACUCAGUUUGCUUAAAUCUGUGAAAUGGACAAAGCCUAACGCAACUCUUUUUGAUGCUGCUGAAAGUAUGAAGGAGAUGCUGGAUGAGAUUUUGAAGAUGAAGGAUGCAUAUGAUAAGCGAUGUGAAGAGGAGAAUGUGCAGAAAAUUACAGAAAAAGAUGCUGUUGAGAAGACCUUGAAGGACGACGAGCAACAGUUUGACGAGGAGAAUGUGCAGACAAUGACUGAUGUUGAAGCUGAGAGAGAUGCUGUUCAGAAGAACUUGAAGGACGACGAGCAGAAAAUUGACGCGGAGAAUGUCCAGAAAAUGACUGGUGCUGAAACUGAGAAAGAUGUUGAGAAGAAUUUAAAGGACGACAAGCGGAAAAUUGACGGGAUAUUUUGAGUUUUCUGUUCGCAUACUAUACUGUAUAUUUAUGUGCAAAGAGGAUUUUCUACGUUAAAAUGAUUUGCUCUACAUUUUUCAAUUGAUAAGUAAUUGGUGAUUUUCUGAUUUAUUUGUGUAGCAAUAUAUCAAUGUACUAUAGUUGAUAUGAUGUCGAUGUUUUCGUUUUCUGUUUGCUUUUGUAUACUGUAUAUAUGUAUGUGUAAAGAGAAUUUUCUAUGUCAAGAAGCUUUGUUCUACCUUUUUCAAUUGAUAAGUACUUGGUGAUUUUCUGAUUUACUUGUCCAUCUAUCUGUUUAUCGAAGUUUCAAAGUUCAUAUAAUGCCGUGAUUUUCUCGUUUGUGUGUAGUGUGAAGAGGCUUUUCUACGCUAAAAUGCUUUGUUCUACCUUUUUCAAUUGAUAAGUUAGCUGGUGAUUUUCUGAUUUGUUUGUCUAUCUAUCUAUUUAUCGUUCUAUUGUUGAUACGAUGCCGUCAAUGUUCUCGUUUUCUGUUUGCAUUCCUACCCUUUUUAAAAUAUAAAUUAUUUCAAAUCUACUUUUCUUUCAUCUA